AUGCGGCAGGCCGGAUGCGAGCCAAACGUCUUCAGCUACAGCAUUCUCAUCAACCUGUGCGCAAGGUCGAAGGACUGGAAGACGGCGGUGUCGCUGCUUCGCGAGAUGCCAAAUGCGGGAGUGCAGCCAAACGUGAUCAGCUACAACGCGGCCAUCUCUGUGUGCGAGAAGGCUAGCCAAUGGAAGAAGGCGCUGUCGCUGCUGCGCGAGAUGCCUGGUGCUGGAGUGCAACCAAACGUGAUCAGCUACAACGCGGCCAUCUCAGCCUGCGAGAAGGCUGGCCGGUGCGAUGAGGCGCUGUCGCUGCUGCGCGAGAUGCCUGAUGUGGGAGUGCAGCCAGACGUGAUCAGCUACAGUGCGGCCAUCUCUGCGUGCGAGAAGGCUGGCCGGUGCGAUGAGGCGCUGUCGCUGCUGCGCGAGAUGCCAGGCGCGGGUGUGCAACCAAACGAGUACAGCUACAACGCAGCCAUCUCUGCGUGCGAGAAGGCUGGUCGUUGGGAGGAGGCGGUGUCGCUGCUUCGCGAGAUGCCUGCUGCGGGGUUGAGGCCAAACGUGGUCAGCUACAGCGCAGCCAUCUCUGCGUGCGAGAAGGCUGGCCGGUGCGAUGAAGCGCUGUCGCUGCUGCGCGAGAUGCCUGAUGCAGGCUUGUCACCAAACGUGAUCAGCUACAACGCGGCCAUCUCAGCCUGCGAGAAGGCUGGCCGGUGCGAUGAAGCGCUGUCGCUGCUGCGCGAGAUGCCAGGCGCGGGUGUGCAACCAGACGUGAUCAGCUACAACGCGGCCAUCUCUGCGUGCGAGAAGGCUGGCCGCGGCAAUGAGGCGCUGUCGCUGCUGCGCGAGAUGCCAAGCGCGGGAGUGCAGCCAGACGUGAUCAGCUACAGCGCAGCCAUCUCAGCCUGCGAGAAGGCUAGCCGGUGCGAUGAAGCGCUGUCGCUGCUGCGCGAGAUGCCAGGCGCGCGUGUGCAACCAGACGUGAUCAGCUACAACGCAGCCAUCUCUUCGUGCGAGAAGGCUGGCCGCUGCAAUGAGGCGCUGUCGCUGCUGCGCGAGAUGCCUGAUGCAGGCUUGUCACCAAACGAGUACAGCUACAACGCGGCCAUCUCAGCCUGCGAGAAGGCUGGCCGCUGCAAUGAGGCGCUGUCGCUGCUGCGCGAGAUGCCAGGCGCGGGGUUGACGCCAAACGUAAUCAGCUACAACGCGGCCAUCUCUGCCUGCGAGAAGGCUGGCCGGUGCGAUGAAGCCUUGUCGCUGCUCAGCAAGAUGCAAGAGGACGGCGUGCAACCAGACGUGAUCAGCUUC